UGGUGCAGCCCUGUUCCCCGCGGCGAAUGGUACGGCCCGGUCCCCUCAGCCGCCCGCUUCCCGCAGCAGGUCUGAGUGGGUCGCACCCCCGGUGCAGACGCGGAACUGGCGCCUGCUCGCCGUGGCGCCGGGCUCGGAAGCCAAGAGCGCUGCGCGGCCGGGAGGCGGCAGGCGGGCCCGACGGCUUCCUCUGAGCUGGGAGAUUAUAUCAGAAUUCCUCCUGGGAACGCUGACUUCUCGCCCAGUGCCCCGAAGUUUCUCUGCAAUGAACUGAUAAAUUGGAACCAUGGUGCAAAAGAAGUUCUGCCCUCGAUUACUUGAUUAUCUAGUGAUUGUAGGGGCAAGACACCCAAGCAGUGACAGUGUGGCUCAGACACCCGAGCUGCUGCGGCGGUACCCAUUAGAGGAUCACCCUGAGUUUCCCCUGCCCCCAGAUGUGGUGUUCUUCUGCCAGCCUGAGGGAUGUCUAAGCGUGCGGCAGCGACGCAUGAGCCUUCGAGAUGACACCUCUUUUGUCUUCACUCUGACUGACAAGGACACUGGAGUCACCCGCUAUGGCAUCUGUGUUAACUUCUACCGCUCCUUCCAGAAGCGAGUGCCCAAGGCGGAAGCUGGAGCAGGACCCCGUGGAAAGGAGGCUGGCACUCAGAGCUCAGAGAGUGGCUCAGCCUUGCAGCCUCCUAGUGCUGACUCCACUCCUGACGUGAACCAGUCUCCUCGGGGCAAACGCCGUGCAAAAGUGGGCAGCCGCUCCCGCAACAGUACCCUGACGUCCCUGUGUGUGCUCAGCCACUACCCUUUCUUCUCGACCUUCAGAGAGUGUUUGUAUACUCUCAAGCGCCUGGUAGACUGCUGUAGUGAACGGCUGCUAGGCAAGAAACUGGGCAUCCCACGCGGCGUUCAGAGGGACACUAUGUGGCGAAUCUUUACUGGAUCGCUGCUAGUGGAGGAAAAGUCAAGCGCCCUUCUACAUGACCUUCGAGAGAUUGAGGCCUGGAUCUACCGAUUGCUGCGCUCGCCAGUACCUGUUUCUGGGCAGAAGCGAGUGGACGUUGAGGUCCUACCCCAGGAGCUGCAGCCAGCCCUGACGUUUGCUCUUCCAGACCCCUCUCGGUUCACCCUAGUAGACUUCCCCCUCCACCUUCCCCUGGAACUUCUGGGCGUGGACGCUUGUCUUCAGGUGCUAACCUGCGUCCUGCUGGAGCACAAGGUGGUGCUACAGUCUCGCGACUACAACGCACUCUCCAUGUCUGUGAUGGCCUUUGUGGCAAUGAUCUACCCGCUGGAGUACAUGUUUCCCGUCAUCCCGCUGCUCCCUACCUGCAUGGCGUCCGCUGAGCAGCUACUCUUGGCUCCGACCCCGUACAUCAUUGGAGUUCCUGCCAGCUUCUUCCUCUACAAGCUAGACUUCAAAAUGCCUGACGAUGUGUGGCUAGUGGAUCUGGACAGCAAUAGGGUGAUUGCCCCUACCAAUGCAGAAGUGCUACCUGUCCUGCCAGAACCAGAAUCGCUAGAGCUGAAAAAACACUUGAAGCAGGCGCUGGCCAGCAUGAGUCUCGGUACCCAGCCCAUUCUCAAUCUGGAGAAAUUCCACGAGGGCCAGGAGAGCCCCCUUCUCUUGGGAAGGCCUUCUGGUGACCUUCAGGCCACACCUUCCACCGAGUUCAAUCCGCUCAUUUAUGGCAACGACGUGGACUCGGUCGAUGUCGCAACGAGAGUGGCCAUGGUCCGUUUCUUCAACUCUGCUAACGUGCUGCAGGGCUUUCAGAUGCACACUCGUACCCUGCGACUCUUCCCCCGACCUGUGGUAGCUUUCCAAGCUGGCUCCUUUCUGGCCUCACGUCCCCGACAGACCCCCUUUGCUGAGAAACUGGCCAGGACUCAAGCUGUGGAGUACUUUGGAGAAUGGAUCCUAAACCCUUCUAACUAUGCAUUUCAGCGGAUUCACAACAAUAUGUUUGAUCCAGCCCUUAUUGGGGACAAGCCAAAGUGGUAUGCUCACCAGCUACAGCCCAUCCAUUAUCGAGUCUACGACGGCAGUUCUCAGCUGGCUGAGGCCCUGAGUGGGCCACCGGAACGUGAUUCUGAUUCUGACCCCACUGAUGACAGUGGCAGUGACAGUAUGGAUUAUGAUGACUCGAGCUCUUCUUACUCCUCCCUUGGGGACUUCGUCAGUGAGAUGAUGAAAUGUGACAUCAAUGGAGAUACCCCCAAUGUGGAUCCUCUGACGCAUGCAGCCCUGGGAGAUGCCAGCGAAGUGCAUAUUGAUGAGCUGCAGACCCAGAAAGAGGGAGAGGAGCCUGGACCAGACAGCGAGAGCUCUCAGGGAAAUCCCCCGCUGCGCUGGAGCCCUAGCGCUACCAUCCAUGGUGCCCACUCUGAACAUGCCGAUUCUACAGAGAUGGAUGAUAAGGCAACAGCAGGCAGCUCCAAGUCCCUCACUCCUGUGCCUCCCAGCAUUUGCAAGUCUACUGUGGACAGGAGACAGACAGAGACUGGAGAGGGGGCUCAAAAGCUGCUGCGGCCCAACAGCUUGAAACUGGCAAGUGACUCAGAUGCAGAGUCAGACUCCCGAGCAAGCUCUCCCAACUCCACUGUCUCCAACAACAGCACCGAGGGCUUCGGGGGCAUCAUGUCUUUUGCUAGCAGCCUGUAUCGGAACCAUAGUACAAGCUUCAGCCUUUCAAACCUCACACUGCCCACCAAAGGUGCCCGAGAGAAGACUACACCAUUCCCCAGCCUGAAAGUAUUUGGGCUAAAUACUCUAAUGGAGAUUGUUACUGAAGCCGGCCCUGGGAGUGGUGAAGGAAACAGGAGGGCCCUGGUGGACCAGAAGUCAUCUGUCAUCAGACACAGUCCGACCGUGAAGAGAGAGCCUCCAUCACCCCAGGGCCGGUCCAGCAAUUCCAGUGAGAACCAACAAUUCCUGAAGGAAGUGGUGCACAGUGUGCUGGAUGGCCAGGGCGUGGGCUGGCUCAACAUGAAAAAGGUACGCCGGCUGCUGGAGAGCGAGCAGCUUCGAGUCUUUGUACUGAGCAAGCUGAACCGUGCAGUGCAGUCCGAGGACGAUGCCAGGCAGGAUGUCAUCCAAGAUGUGGAGAUCAGUCGGAAGGUAUACAAGGGGAUGCUAGACCUCCUCAAGUGCACGGUCCUCAGUCUUGAGCAGUCCUAUGCCCACGCAGGUCUGGGUGGUAUGGCCAGCAUCUUUGGGCUCUUGGAGAUUGCCCAGACCCACUACUAUAGUAAAGAACCAGACAAGCGAAAGAGAAGCCCAACAGAGACCCCUGUGGGCAAGGAUCCUGGUCUGGCUGGGCGGGGGGACCCAAAAGCUAUGGCACAGCUAAGGGUCCCUCAGCUGGGUCCUCGGGCACCAAGUGCUACAGGGAAGGGUCCUAAGGAGCUGGACACAAGAAGUCUAAAAGAAGAGAAUUUUGUGGCGUCUGUCGAAUUGUGGAACAAGCACCAGGAAGUGAAAAAGCAAAAGGCUUUGGAAAAACAGAGGCCGGAGGUAAUCAAGCCUGUCUUUGACCUUGGUGAAACAGAGGAGAAAAAGUCCCAGAUAAGCGCAGACAGUGGUGUGAGCCUGGCAUCUGCUUCCCAGAGGACUGAUCAAGACUCUGUCAUUGGUGUGAGUCCAGCUGUUAUGAUCCGAAGCUCAAGUCAGGAUUCUGAAGUUAGCACCGUGGUGAGUAACAGUUCUGGAGAGACCCUUGGGGCGGACAGCGACCUGAGCAGCAAUGCAGGUGAUGGGCCAGGAGGAGAAGGCAGUGCCCACUUGACAAGUUCUCGGGCUACUCUGUCUGAUAGUGAAAUUGAAACCAAUUCUGCCACAAGCACCAUCUUUGGUAAAGCCCAUAGCUUGAAGCCAAAGGAGAAAUUGGCUGGCAGUCCAAUUCGCUCUUCCGAAGACGUAAGCCAGCGAGUCUAUCUCUAUGAGGGACUACUAGGAAGGGACAAAGGAUCGAUGUGGGACCAGUUAGAGGAUGCUGCUAUGGAGACCUUUUCUAUAAGCAAAGAGCGUUCUACUUUAUGGGACCAGAUGCAGUUCUGGGAAGAUGCAUUCUUAGACGCUGUGAUGUUGGAAAGAGAAGGGAUGGGCAUGGACCAGGGUCCUCAGGAAAUGAUCGACAGGUACCUGUCCCUGGGAGAACAUGACCGGAAGCGCCUGGAGGAUGAUGAAGAUCGCUUACUGGCCACACUUUUACACAACCUUAUAUCCUAUAUGCUGCUGAUGAAGGUGAACAAGAAUGACAUCAGGAAGAAAGUACGGCGCCUAAUGGGAAAGUCCCACAUUGGUCUUGUAUACAGCCAACAAAUCAAUGAGGUGCUUGAUCAGCUGACCAAUCUGAGUGGACGUGAUCUCUCCAUCCGGUCCAGUGGCAGCCGCCACAUGAAGAAGCAGACGUUUGUUGUACAUGCAGGGACAGACACAAAUGGAGAUCUCUUCUUCAUGGAAGUGUGUGAUGACUGUCUGGUGUUACGUAGUAGCAUUGGCACCGUUUAUGAGCGCUGGUGGUACGAGAAGCUCAUCAACAUGACCUAUUGUCCCAAGACCAAGGUCCUAUGUCUGUGGCGUAGAAAUGGCUCUGAGACGCAGCUCAACAAGUUCUACACUAAGAAGUGUCGUGAGCUGUACUACUGCGUGAAGGACAGCAUGGAGCGUGCCGCAGCCCGGCAACAAAGCAUCAAACCCGGGCCUGAACUAGGUGGUGAGUUCCCCGUGCAGGACAUGAAGACUGGAGAGGGCGGCUUGCUUCAAGUCACCCUGGAAGGGAUCAACCUCAAGUUCAUGCACAACCAGGUUUUCAUAGAGCUGAAUCACAUUAAAAAGUGCAAUACAGUUCGAGGCGUCUUUGUCCUGGAAGAAUUUGUUCCUGAAAUUAAAGAAGUGGUGAGCCACAAGUACAAGACGCCGAUGGCCCACGAGAUCUGCUACUCUGUGUUGUGUCUCUUCUCGUAUGUGGCUGCAGUUCGUAGCAGUGAAGAAGACCUCCGGACCCCACCUCGGCCUGUCUCUAGCUGAUAGAGGGGUUCUGCGCUGGCCCAGCCCGCGGGCUGCCCUCACUCUUGCUGUUCUUCAACACUGAAGCUGCAGAGAUGGAGAAGGGGAUGUGUGUGUGUGUGUGUGUGUGUGUGUGUGUGUAUUCUCUGCAAGCUCCUCCCACAGUUCAGCUGUUUUUGUGUCAUGUCUGAAGUGUGUCUUUGUGUCUGUCCAUCCCAUUCCCUUCUCUUCCUCCAACACCAGACUAGCUUACUAUCCCCUCAGGGCUCCAGAGAGUGUGUGUCUGUGGGGCCACUGUGAGCCUCCCAGGAAGUGUUCUGGAGAUGUUUGUUCUGUGAUUCCAUGUCCUUAGACCCUCCAGUUUAGGGGUCUUCUCUCCGUCUUCUGUGAUGUGGCACUGUAGGGUACAUGGCACAGUUCCUUGGGGUCAGCCUUCCUGACCGAGGGCUGGGCAGGGGGAAAGGAGCCGAGGGAAGCAGGUGUGAAUGGCAGCCUUCCUGCUUCCUCACACGAUUCCUAAACUGUGGCCGCAGGUCACGUUGCUGCCUGCCCCACCCCAGCGGCAACACGGUGUUCCUGGACUGACCGCCAUGUGGGGAGUUGGGAUCUUUGCAGUGACCUUCCUGGCCUUUGGCACAAGAUGACAGAGGGGUGAGGGUGAUGGUCUGCCUGAGAGCCAAGCCGAGUCCAGCAUGUGUGUCUGUCUUCAGACAGUGUGUCCUGGCUUCAGGCCAGGAGGAGGACAUGGACUGGACAGGAGAUCAAUGUAAAUAUUUCAGCUCUGCAUUAUUUAUAGAAAGUGUACAGCUGUGUGAUGUGAAGUAAAUGUCUUUAACUCUGCUCGCA